AUGAAGACCAAAGCAUCCAGGAUAUUCAAGCAGAUAAUAGCUACGUUGAGCUCAAUGGCCAAGGCUAAAGGCCUGGAUCUCAAGAGAAAAACAAAGGUCAUCAAUUCUCGCCUGAUUAUAUUCUCGUUGCUUCACAAGAAGAAGUUCCUCAUGGUCAAUUCUCUCUCCCACAGUAUUCAGCAAAGAAAGAGCUCCAUCUCUCUGAAGCUCCGUGCUUUGCUUGGUCAUCACGACAAACAUUCCCACGAUGAAGACGACGUCUAUGUUCCAGACCAAGCCCACCCCAUUGUUCCCUACAAAGAUACCAUUAACGCCAUGGCCAUCGAGUCUCUCCCCGACCCAACUCAUACAGAGUUGCUUGAGGAGAAAUAUUACGGCUACUUGGACGAAGCAGAUGAAAAUGAUGAAGAAAAGUAUCUGGAUUUUGAUGAUCAAGAUCCGGUGGUUUCCAUAAUAGACUUCGUGAAGAAUUCAAAGGAAGAGUCUGGGAAAGAACUCAGCCUGGAACUGGAACACGAUAUAGAUCACGCUGCAGACAUCUUCAUAAAGAGGUUUCAUAGACAGAUGUGGAUGCAGAAGCAGCUUUCCUUUUCGGACGCACCAGGAGAUAUCGAUGCUAUAGAGGAGUGCGGAGUCUCUUAA